AUGCAUGAGAUGAACUACGUCCAUCUGGAUUUGAAGCCGGAAAACAUCAUGUUCACCACGAAGAAGAGCAACGAAUUGAAGCUGAUCGACUUCGGCCUCGCUCCUAUCUCGACCCCAAGGAGAGCGUCAAGCUCGCACUUGCAGGUGACGACCGGAACCGCGGAAUUCGCCGCACCUGAAGUAGCCAAUGGAGAACCAGUCGGCUAUUUCACGGAUAUGUGGAGUGUCGGAGUACUGUCGUACAUUCUUCUGUCAGGACUAUCACCGUUCGCAGGCGAGAACGACGAAGAAACGCUGAAGAACGUGAAAAAAUGCGACUGGAACAUGGAUGACCCGAUCUUCAACCAAGUCUCUGAAAAUGCCAAAGAUUUCAUCCGUAAACUUCUCGUUGCAGAACCACGAGGACGAAUGACAAUUCAUGAAGCUCUGAACCAUCCAUGGUUGUCAAGUGGUGAAGUUGGCGGAGGUGAAGUGAUUCCAAACAACCGAUACCACUCUAUUCGUGAUUCAAUUCGCCAGAAAUAUGAUGCUUGGCCAGAACCGGUGCCGCCACUUGGUCGCAUCUCCAACUUCAGUUCACUUCGAAAACACCGUCCAUCGGAAUAUCACAUUCACGACGCCUUCUUCGAGCGUUCUGAAGCUCAGCCACGGUUUAUCAUCAAACCGUUCAGUACAUCGGUGACUGAAGGUCAGAGUGCAAACUUCUACUGUAGAGUAAUCGCCUCGUCACCGCCAAUCGUAACCUGGCACCAUGAUUCGGAUGAACUGAAACAGAGCGUAAAAUAUAUGAAGAAGUACAAUGGCAACGACUAUGGUCUUACCAUCAAUAGAGUGAAAAUGGACGACAAAGGCGAGUACACCGUUCGAGCAAAGAACUCGUAUGGAUCCAAAGAAGAAGUUGUCUUCCUUACUGUUAACCGAAAGAGCGAAGAGUUCAAAUCUGAACCAUUGCAACCAAUGCGAAAGGCAAUAUCACCGCCUAAAGUUGAAGAGUUCAAGGAGAAGGAAAUCCGACCAAACUUUUCGUUCCAUCUUCGGCCGCGUAUGAUUCAAAAGAAUCAUCAAUGCAAGCUGAUUUGUACUUUGCAAGGGAACCCGCUUCCCAAAGUGGAAUGGUUCAAAGACGGAGCGCCUGUCGAUCAAGACCGAGUACAAACCACAUUCCGAAGUGGGGUUUGUACAUUGGAGAUCUUUAACACACGAGUUGACGACGCCGGUACGUACACUUGCAAAGCGACGAGCCCACUGGGAGAGGACAUCUCCGAAUGUGUGGUCACCGUGCAGACGAAAGGAGGAGAACCAAUGCCUCGUGUCUCUUCAUACCGCACUAGAAGGGUACACGAUUCGCUGAGAGUGAACGAAGUCGAGAAGUCGCGAUCGUACUCAGAUUUCCGGACGGAAUCAUCAUCGUAUUCCUCUUCGCGUUCCUCCUACAGCUCCACCCUCGAGUCCACACGAUCGGCAGCAGACGAUCUCAAGAUGAAAGUGUCUACUGAACCACCAAACUUCACCGCUAAGCUCAAAGACGUAACCGUCGAUCACGGAGAGCAAAUAAUGUUGUCCUGCGAGGUUGAUGGAAGUCCAUCACCGCUGAUUGAAUGGCUCCACAAUGGCGAGCGAGUGACAGAUCCACGAUUAAUUACUUCCUAUUCGGGCGGAAAAGCAACGUUGACAAUCUCCGAAGCGGGAGCCGACGACGUUGGAGAGUACGUGUGCAGAGCGAGCAACUCUGCGGGACAGGAAUCGUGCCGUGCCAACGUCGCUGUGCGACCAGCUGCCAACAUUCCCAAUGGAAAUGGACACGUGGAGAACGGAUCUGUAGAAGAGGGAUUACGGUGA